GCAAUCAUGAAAAUAUUCACAGUUGUUAGAAAAUAGUGAAGGAACUAUAUAUAUUAUGCAAUCAUGAAAAUAUUCACAGUUGUCCCGCUAAAACCCUAAUUCCUUUGUCUAAUUUAAAUUUCUUAUUUUUAUUAAACCCCUGUGAUUUUUCUCUCGAUUUUCUUCCUCCGCUUCAAAAUUUUAUUAUUUUAGGGUUUUGUUAAUGGAUUGUAGAUUUUUUUGCCCUUGUUCUGGUUGCAUGGAGGGGUGUUUUAGGGUUUUUAUUAUCUUGGGAGCUUUCUCAUAUUUGCAAUUGUGGUGUUGCUGCUUGUGAAAUUUGACUAUCAAUUUAUUUAUAUUUGUAAAAUAUUGGGGAAAAAUAAUUUUAGAAUAUUUGACUUGAGCUACAUUUUUGCUUUAUUUUUUUAACUGGUAUUGGAAUUGGAAUUUUAAGGAUGGAAGGAUAAAAUUUAAAGUUCAUUACUUGAAAUAGUUUGGGCAUGAUGUCUUGGCUUACUGAUAAAGUUGCGCGGCCAGUAGCGUUGUCGAAACCAUGAUCUCCAUCGCCCAAAGUUGCUAAAGAUAAUUGAAUUUCAUUGUGUAGUUCAAGAUGUCUAAUUGCGGGAAUUAUGUGUGGGCGAGCUUGAGCUUGAUCUUGAAGAAAAGAAAGUGGGAUCAACCUGCAGCAUCCUUGGUUUCAGCCGGUUUAGCAGUGCCUGGGGCUCUCCCAAUGGGAAAUGUGGGAUUUCUUGGUGGGAUUACAAUUCCUGGCACAACUCCGGUUACUGGUGCUCUUUCGAUGAAUGCAAUUGCGGCCAGCUAUGCAACCAUACCUCAGGCAUAUCAGGUACCUCUGAUCCCGCCACAGACUGCCACAGUCAUUCAGAAAUUAAUUCAACCGAAGAUUCAAGAUGAGUUAAUAAUAGCACGAGAAAUUGUUAUUAACGAUGCAGAGUCUUCAGUUCGCUACAAGUUGACAAAACGCCAAACACAGGAGGAGAUCCAAAAAUGCACGGGAGCUGUGGUGAUAACAAGGGGAAGGUAUCGUCCACCAAAUUCAUCAACUGAUGGUGAAAAGCCACUAUAUCUUCAUAUAUCUUCAGGGGCUCAUUUAAAAGAGACAGCAGAACGUAUUUUAGCAGUUGACCGUGCAGCUGCUAUGGUUGAAGAAAUGCUGAAACAGGGUCAGAAUCCGACCAUGAGGCACAAGGUACUUGUGUAUAUUUGGGCUUUGACGCAGAUCCAUCCUUGAACAUUGCAGCUCGUAUACGUGGUCCAAAUGUAAGUUACAUUGUUCCUCCCUUUUUCACGUCUUAUCAGUAACCUUAAAAUUCUCGGGGUUCAGUGUGUUCUUCGUGGUUGAUACUUGUCAACUCUCUUUCCAUCUUUUCUCUUCCUUCCCAUCAUGCCUUCUCCUUUUCUCCAUAGUGCUUGAAUUUUGUUAGAACUGGAUUUCAGUUUAGAUUCUAUAACCCUAUGUUAGUUAGUGUAGCUCAUUUAAUUUGUGUCAUUCUAGAUAUCAUGUUGAAAUUGCUUGUUUAAUUGUAUGUCUUG